CCCGCGAACCCCGCCGCCAACCGUUGGGGGCGGUUUCAGCCGGCCGGGAGGGCGGCCCCGAGGGGCGUGGGCCCGGCGGGGCGGGUCCUCAGGGGGCCGGGCCUGGGGCCCCGCGCUUAAAGGCGGCUCCGCGGCCGCGAAGGCCCAACCACUCCCGGAUCCCGCCGCGAUGACCCCGUGGCCACUCGCGCCGCCGCUGCUGCUGCUGCUGCUGUUGUCCGGCCCCUGCUCGGCGCGGGGGGUCCGGUCAGAAGGGGCCUCCUGCACGGACCCAGAGCUGUGCGCGCUCAAGUCGCCCCGGGCCCCGCCCGUCAAUGUCACGCUGUACUACGAGGCGCUGUGCCCCGGGUGUCGCGCUUUCCUCAUCCGGGAGCUCCUGCCCACCUGGCUCAUGGUCAUGGAGAUCCUCAACGUCACGCUGGUGCCCUACGGGAAUGCGCAGGAAAGGAACGUGAGCGGCCACUGGGAGUUCCAGUGCCAGCACGGGGAGCAGGAGUGCAGACUGAACAAGGUGGAGGCCUGCCUGCUGGACCUGCUGGAGCAGUACUCGGCCUUGAUGACCAUCGUCUGCAUGGAGGAAAUGGACCCGAUGGAGAAAAACCUGGCUCCGUGCCUGCAGCUGUACGGCCCCGACGUGACCCCCGAGACCGUCCUGGCGUGCGCGGACGGCGAGCGAGGCGCGGCCCUCCUGCACAGGAACGCGCAGCUCACGGACACCCUGCAGCCGCCCCACCAGUUCGUGCCCUGGGUAGUCGUCAACGGGAAGCCCACCGAGCAGCCCGGCCACCUCCUGAGCCUCGUGUGCAAGUUGUACCAGGGGGAGAAGCCAGAACCCUGUCAGGACGUGACCCGGAGGCACUGGGACCUUUGCUUCAAGUGACCUGACGGCCACUGGCCGCCCGCUGACCCCGCUUUUCGUGAGCUGCCCCCGGAUCGUGAGCUGCCCAGCAUCUGGGCGACGGACGCAUCCCACAGCUGCUGGGCAGAGCUGUGCCCGCGCCCUGUGCCCAUGCCCCUGCCCAGCUGAGAUGCCGCCGCAGAGGAAGGAGCUUAAUAAACCCUCCAGGGU